AUGGAUGAUUCAGUAUGGGCAAUUAUCGCCGCUCUCGGCAUAGAUAUUUUUCUUUUUACUCUAGAAUUCUACUUAUUUUCGAUAUACCGCAAAAUCCGUAACAGACCUAUAUUUGCAGAAAUCGGAGAACGUGAAGUCAAAGUUCCUGUAUAUUCAGAAUCUGACACACCAUUAUGGGUUUUAAUGACAAAUGUUUGAAAAGUUCCAUAUGAAGAAAUGGGUCAUUAUUGUGGAAUCCAAGUUUUUUAUAAAAAUCUGGAUUAUUUUAUUAUAAAAUAAUUAAAAAGUCUAAAUUAUAAUAUAAAAUUUUGGAUUAAGGGAAUAAAAUCAACCUAUUGUGGAAUUGAAGGUCAGCUGUAUCUCGCAUUUCAUGUAGCAAUGGGAGGUGGACUUGCAGUUUUAGCAGUAAUUGGCUGUGGACUUUUAAUUCCGAUCUACGCACUUGGAGACACACAUGUGAAAAAAGACAUGAACAACAUAAGUAUAGCCCACAUUAUUGAGCAGGAAGAUUUAAUGUCAAUUGUUCUCAUUCUAUUCCUUGUAUUUACUAUCAUCAUUUUUGGAACUCUAGUUGGCUAUCUCUAUCAGGUCUCAUACGCUCAUUCUACACCUUCUGAAUUAAUUUGUACAAUCGACAGGUAUACAAUCCAAAUCAAAGGAAUUUCAAAAGCAUUUACACCUGAUGUUGCAGCACAAAAAAUCAGAGAUUUUUUACAAAUGAGAUAUGGCUAUGAUAUUCAAAGCAUAUAUGUUGUCCCUGACUUAGCUGAAGCCUCAAGGCUACAAAAAGAGCUAGAAGAAGCCAAAAAAAACCAGAAACAUUAUAUGGACUUUUUAAUAGCAAAAGGCUAUAAAGAAAAAAUCAAGCCAACUUUCUGUGGAAAAGAAGUCGACGCAAUUGAUUACUAUACAUGCGAAAUUGGGAAACUCGAAAAGGAAUAUAAAGAAGCCCUUGAAAACGGUAAAAAUAUCACCUCUGGCUUUGCAUUUGUGAUAUGCAAAACUCCUAUAAGUACUUUUAACAUCAUAAAAACGUUUAAAGGAGAAGACGACGAGCUGCAAUCAAAUAAAUGAAUCCUCACCUUAGCGCCAGCCCCAGCCGAAGUAAACUGGCCUAACAUGUCAAUUCACAAGCCAAGGCUCUGGAUCAAGCGUGCAGGGCUUUUUAUAUUAUUUUUUAUAUUUUUCUUUCUCCUGAUAACCCCAUCUACACUUCUGCAGAUUAUGAUGUAUAUCUUGGAAUGGAUCGGAGGAAAAGAAUUAUAUGAAGCCUUACUUAGCCAAGUCGCGCCUUCUUUAAUUUUACUUAUUUAUCAGUCUGCAAUAGUAAGACAUGCAGUCUUAGCAAUAGUAGAAAGGGAGCAGCUGCCUAGUAAAAGUGACGAGACAGUUAGCGCUAUGAUAAAAUAUUUAUUGGUUAUGGUCACAUAUACCUUUUUAGUACCAUUAUUAGGCGUCCAGGUUUAUUCUGCAAUUGUGACUACAGUUGAUGGAGAAAGCGACUGGGACCAAGAAAUUGCGAACCAUGCGGCAUAUUCUGCACAAGUUUUCACGAUUUUUGUGAUACAUUUGAUUUUUUUGAAAAAUGGAGGAGACUUUUUGCAGGUGCCGAAACUUGUGAGGGUGAAGUGGAGACAAAUGAAAGCGGUGAAUGAUACUGAAAGAAUGCUGGCUUAUGAGGUAAAGGAUAUGUAGGCUUAUGAAUUUAGGUGGGCUUAUGAGUAUGGGGUUUCUAUUUCAGCGAUAUUUAUAAUAUUCGCGUUUUCGAUUGCGUAUCCACUGAUUUUGAUUAUAGGAGUGUUCUUUUGUAUUUCAAGAGUAAUUUUUACUUACUUUUUUUAAUUUAUUUUUAAAAAAUCAUUUAAUAGUACGCUUUAAAACAAAUAAAAAAAUUAUACAUAAAGAAAAGUUAGUAUUACACAGCAAAAUAUAAUUUGCUUUGUUUUUAUUGCACUGUGAAAACAACAACUGGCAAUAGAAUUCCAAGAGUGAUAGUUGUAGCCUUGCUAGUCUCAAUUUUAUUUUUCCAAUUAACAACAGCUUAUCUUCUCCUUCUAAGUGACUCAAUGGUUUACGUUUAUAUUUCUGGUGGCCUCAUUAUUGUCUCGAUUUUUAUAUUUUUGGUGAUUUAUUAUAUGAGAAAUGAAAUAGAAAAAGAACUGAAAAAAAGCUUUGGGAUUGAGCAAGUUGAAGAAGAAGGGCUUAUUUUUGGAUCUGAUAUAAGCAAUUAUUAUCAUCCUCUGCAAGAUCCAGAUGAUGCUCAUCCUGCAGAACCAAUAGAAUAA